GGAGAUCCAGCCAGAACUGUUUAUUCACAUGGCAGCAGCGAACUCCACCCCACCUGGCUCCCUGGAUCUCAACCAGCCGGGAUUUGCAAAGGAGAUCCUGGGAACUAAACUGGAGGUCAAAUACCUCUGCUCCGAUUGCAAGAAUAUAUUGAGGCGGCCAUUCCAAGCGCAGUGUGGGCAUCGCUACUGCUCCUACUGCCUGAAGAAAAUUAUAAGUGCUGGACCUCAGAAGUGUGCCAGCUGUAUUCAGGAAGGGAUCUACGAAGAGGGAAUUUCUAUUUUGGAAACAAGCUCAGCUUUCCCAGACAAUGCAGCUCGUCGGGAGGUGGAAAGUCUGCCUGCUGUCUGCAUUAACAGUGGCUGCACUUGGAAGGGCACUAUUAAAGAAUAUGAGGCUCACGAUGAAGUCUGCCCUGAAUUCCCGCUGACUUGCGAAGGCUGUGGGAAGAAGAUCCCAAGGGAGAAGUUUCGGGACCAUGUGAAGAGUUGUGGCAGAUCUAAAGUGCCGUGCAGAUUUGAGGUUGUUGGAUGUGCUGAGGUGGUGGAAAAAGAAGAGCUGCUAGAACAUGAAAGGAAGUGCUUGGCAGAGCAUCUCUACAUGCUGCUGAGUUUUGUGCUCAGCCUUAAGGCUGGGGCUGGAGACCUGAAGCCCCUUCCUGCCCUUUCCUCAUCGCAAAGUGCCCCACUACUGGCAGAAAACUCAGAGUCAGAGGUUUCCAGGUCCUUGGAGCUCCUGGGAAGAUGUGAGGCCCUUGAGAGGAAAACUGUGACCUUUGAGAACAUUGUCUGUGUGCUCAAUCGGGAGGUAGGAAGUUUUUUGUCUCUGACAGCCGAAGCCUACAACCGGCAGCACCAGCUGGACCAGAAGAAGAUCGAAACGCUGAGUAACAAGGUCCGGCAGCUGGAAAGGAGCAUUGGGCUCAAAGAUCUGGCCAUGGCUGAGAUGGAGGAGAAGAUCCGCAACAUGGAAGCUUCCACCUACGAUGGUGUUUUCAUCUGGAAGAUAACAGAGUUUGCCCGGAAGCGCCAAGAGGCCAUCACAGGCCGCUCUCCUGCUAUCUUCUCUCCAGCUUUCUACACGAGCAAGUACGGCUACAAGAUGUGUCUACGCGUUUACCUGAACGGGGACGGCACCGGGCGCGGGACCCACUUGUCCCUGUUCUUUGUGGUGAUGAAGGGACCGAACGACGCGCUGCUCCGGUGGCCCUUCAACCAGAAGGUAACACUGAUGCUCCUGGACCAGAACAAUCGGGAGCACAUCAUCGAUGCCUUCAGACCUGAUGUGACCUCCUCGUCCUUCCAGCGACCUGUCACAGAAAUGAACAUUGCCAGUGGCUGCCCCCUUUUCUGCCCCGUCUCCGUGAUGGAAGCCAAGAACUCCUACGUGCGGGAUGAUGCCAUCUUUAUUAAAGCCAUCGUUGAUCUCACGGGCCUCUAA